UUCGAACAGUUUGGACGUGUUUAGCGGAUAAAAGAAAACGAAAAGCAAACGGGAGAAAAGGAUAAGAUAUAAAAUAAUGACAGUAAAGGCAAUGGAGACUGUGUGUGAAGACACAUAGGCUAUAAACAGUGGGCCAUUAUGUGGUAGUUGUGAUUUGAUUUGGCUUAUGUGCAACACACAUACACACAUACAUUAACAUAUGUAGUUUUAGAUAGUGUGGUGAGCAACAACAAAAGCAACAGCAAACUACCACCUACCAUUGCAGAUUAGAUAUUUACUAAAACAAACACACACACACACACACACACACACAUGACGGACACAUACAUACAUAUGUAUGCUCGGGUGCCUGUUUAACGGUAACAGUUAGUGUGCAUGCUUGCUUUUUGGGUUUUCGGGCUUGUGACUAUUUGAGAUUAAAUGGCAUUAACAUUGGCAAAGGUGGCAAUGCGGCUGCCGCAGGCGGUGGUAGUAGUAAUGGUGGAGCUGCUGAUGGUCGGUCGGUUAAUGGUCGGAUAGGGUGUGUGUGUGUGCAAACUAAAUGCUAUACGGAAAAGGAUUUGCAUUUACAUUAAGGUAUACAUAUAUAACUAGCUGAGGAUACAAAUAAGCGCGCCCAAACAAGCCCACACAUAUAUAUACAUACAUAUGUAUGCAAGUUUGUUGUGUAAUGGUGUUGAGUUGGAAUUUAAUGUAUUUUAGUGUCCCACACGUAUACGCCUAAAAGUAUACUGACAUUAAAUGAAAAUACGUAUACGCCUAAAAAUAUGCUAACAGUUUUCUAAGCUAACCGUAUAUACAUACAUAUGUACAUAUAUAAGCUGUUGAAUGUUCGCGUCGUUCUACGCGCUCGGUGAUGAAUAGAGGUUUACGGUGCGCGUGCGAAAAAGUAUCGCUCACGGCGACGGCGGUGGCGGCGGAUUAAGUUCGACGGUGUAGGCACUAAGUGUGCGCGGUCGGUGGGUCAAGGUGCCUUUCGGAUAAACUAAGUAAAGUACUUUAAGUGGCAUUUUUCGAAAUUUUCGUUGAUGCUGUUGCCGUGCUCAUAAAAAAUUCAACAGAAAAACGUAAAAAAAAUAAAAACGAAAUGUAUGUAGCUGAACUGUAACGGAUGCUGUGAGCCGAAUUGAAGUGCUGGCGACGCUAGUUAGUGCAAGGUUAGGCGCAAGUGUGCGUCGCUUUGACCGAACAAAAGAAAUAAAAAUUUGAAAAGUAUAAUAAAAAAAAUACUCGUAGAACAAAAUUGAAUAAAAGGCUAAACAUUUUCCGCCUCAGUGUGCCACCAAAGCACCAAAUAAGCUUAAAAGGCUGCGCAAGCAACAACAAUAAAAAGGUGCGACAUUAAAAAAAAAAAAAAAAAAAAAAAAAAAGGUUGCAUGUGAACGUAAAGUGAGGAAUUUAAAUGUAAAAGUAUGAGAGCGAAAUAAUGAGAAGGCCAACAGUAAAGUUUUAGCGAAAAGAAAAAAGUUCCGAAAAAAGCAAAAAGGGCAAACGAGUAAGCAAGUGUAAAAUGCUAAAUAGAAUUACGAUGUUGCAAAGGUGUGAAAUACCAAAGUGAGUGUGUGUUUGCUGAAUGAAUUGCACAAUAAAAUAAUAAAAAAACAAGCAUAGCAAAAUUUUAGGCGACGCGCUCGUUUUCAAUAGAUACUACCAGCAUACCGCGCGCUUAACUGCUGUACACUAACAAUUUUGGACAGCUACUACAUAAAUGAACUUCACUGAAUAUGAAAAUUGUAAACUAAUUGCAAAAACCGUUGCAGUACAGAGUAAAAGGCCGCACUCAACGAUACAAAUUAAAAAGCGAACUGAAUCGUAACCACCAAAAGGCAAACCAAAAGCAGACGAAUAAAUACAUUUAUGAGCAACGAUGAGUGUGUGGUUGACGACGGUAUUCAAGGAAAAAGCUACCGCACACAAAUCAUCGUUGCUGCUACCAUUGUUGGCGCUACUGCUGGUCGUCGUGCUGCAGCCGCCACCAGUUGCCAAAGCCACAAGCGGCUUACGCGUGCCCACUUUCAUGCAGGAGCCACCGCCACGUCUGCUCUUCAGCAAUGACACCGGCACGCAGAUCAGCUGCACAGCGCACGGUAAUCCGCCGCCGGUGGUUUCGUGGGUGCUCAAGGACGGUACGAUGGCGACACAGGUGCCGGGACUCAGGAAAAUUACUGGCAAUGGCACAUUGUAUUUCCCACCGUUUUUGGCGCAAUACUAUCGCACAGAUGUGCAUGAGGCGGCGUAUCGCUGUCGGGCUGCCAACGAAGCUGGCACUGUGCUGAGCCGGAAUGUACAGGUGCAAGCAGAGUUGAGCAAAAAUCUGGCACCGCGCACCACUCAGAAACCGGUAAUGGAAAUACAUGUGGAGCGUGGUAAUGAUGUCCAUUUGCCAUGCAACAUCCAGGGGAAUCCCUUUCCCAUCUUUACGUGGUAUCGCGUCUCGGAUUCAUCAGCACUAUAUCCGAUUCCAUCGUCGCAACGCGUGAUAUUGUCACGCACGCUGUUGCUCAUCAAAAAUGCUGACGAGCGUGAUGCUGGAAAAUGGGUCUGCCAGGCUGCAAAUCAAUUCGGCGAACAGCGCAUUGAAAUUCGUCUGCUGGUGAAUUCGUAUGUGUCGGUGCAUAUAUUGCCGCAAGUUCAAAUUGUCAAUUCAGGUGGAAUGGCAAUUUUCAAUUGUUCGACGACGGGUUCAGCGAUCGAUGGUGUCGAGUGGCUGCAUAACGGUAUGCCGUUGCAGGGGAAUAAUGCGCUUAGCAACGGACGGGAAAACAUACGCUUCCUCACAAAAACAUCGCUGGUCGUGCAAAAUGUGGGACGUCGGGAUCGCGGUGUCUAUCAGUGUUUGAUACAGAAUAGCAGGGCAAGUGCACAAGCCAUGGCCGAAUUGAAGUUGGGCGAUACUGUGCCCGAACUGAUUUACACCUUUAUUGAGCAAAACGUGCGGCCAGGUCCAUUAAUAUCGCUUAAGUGCUCGGCCAGCGGUUCGCCGCCACCGCAAUUCGCCUGGCUGCUGGACUCUCAGCCGAUAAUGGAUGUUUCGCUGCAUCAUCGUUUUGCCAUCGGCCAGUUUGUCGAUAUGUCUGGCGACGUGAUCAGUCACUUGAAUAUAUCGCAUGUGCGUCCCGACGAUGGCGGUCUAUAUAAAUGCAUUGCUACCAAUUCGAUGGGCAGUGUUGAACACUCGGCGAGAUUGAAUGUUUAUGGUCCGCCAUAUGUACGCGCCAUCGGACCCAUUAAAGCUGUCGCCGGCGAAGACAUAAUUGUACAUUGUCCAUUUUCCGGUUAUCCAAUCGAACAAAUUAGAUGGGAGAAAGGACAUCAGCAAUUGACAUCAAAUUCACAUUACUCGCUGUCACCAGUGCAGCAAGGUGGCUAUCUUGUCAUCAAGAAUGUCGAACCGACCCGUGAUCAGGGCAUGUACACGUGCAUUGUGCGGAGUAGGAAUGGCGAGGAGGCGCGGCGGGACAUGCAACUGAAUGUCAAUAGCCCACCAGUCAUUGAGCCAUUUAAGUUUCCAAAGAAUCUACAAGAGGGUGGACGCGCACAAAUAACUUGCGCCGUUUCAUCCGGUGAUAUGCCAAUCUAUUUCAGCUGGAAGAAGGACGACAUGUCCAUACCGACAAGUUUGCAGAUUACUGAGAAAAAAGAGGAAUUCUAUUCGCUGUUGGUCUUCAAGGAUAUCAGCGCAAAGCAUAGCGGUAAAUAUACCUGUUAUGCGAGUAAUGCAGCUGCCAAGGUGAACUACACUGCCGAAUUGCAAGUGCGAGUUGCGCCACGCUGGGCGUUGGAGCCAAUGGACACGGCCAUCAUGCUUGGCAAUACAAUAUCGAUAAAUUGCGAGGCGGAAGGAUAUCCGAUUCCAACUAUUACCUGGUUCAAAGGACAGGGCAAAAUGUCGCAGGACUUUAAGCCGCUCAGCAUGCGCAACAACUCGCUGGUGCUCAAUUUGGCCACGGAUAUUGAUGAGGGCUUCUACAUGUGUCAGGCCACAAAUGACAUUGGCGCCGGUCUGAAGAAAAUCAUACGCAUCAAUGUGAAUGAGCCGGCUCGCUUCGAACAAGCCGCCCGCAAUGUGUCAUCCCGCCGCAACGAUCCCGUCAGUCUCGAGUGCCAAGCCAAAGGCGACGAACCCAUCGCCAUCUCGUGGACACACAACAACGGCCGCAUUGACCUCAAUAAUUUCCGUUUUAGCAUUGCGGAAAUGAAAACGGAAAAGGGUGUCGACUCACAGCUGACCAUCGCCCGUUCGGAUCGCCACGAUUCGGGCAUUUACCGUUGCAUCGCCGAGAAUCCUUAUGGACGCGCCGAACUCGUCAUCUUCCUGGCGGUGCAAGAGCGCCCCGACACACCCUCCAGCCUGGAGGUGUUCGAGGUGGGCUCGCGUACCGUCAAGUUGUCGUGGCGGCGCCCAUUUGACGGCAAUUCGCCGGUGCUUAGCUACUUGGUGCAAUAUCAACCGUUGAAGUAUCUGCAAUCGCAUGCAGCACUCGGUAUAUCGGGUGGCGAUUGGAGUGGUCCGAAUAUCAUCAAUGUGACUUUGCCAUCGACGAGUAUUAGCCGUAGCUAUGACAGCGAUUUGCGUGAGAGUGCCAUUGUUGCUGGGCUAACGCCGGCGACCACAUUCCUCAUUCGCAUGCAGGCAAUCAACGAAAUCGAGCGCAGUCCAUUCACCGAUCCGAUUGUGUUGAAAACGCAGGAAGAGGCACCCACCGAAUCGCCCUCGAAUGUGCAAGUGCAGACUGGUGGCGAGAGUGAAUUGAUUGUGACAUGGCAGAUACCGUCGCGUGAAUCUUGGAAUGGUGAACUCAUUGGCUAUACCGUUAACUGCAGCGAGGAAAAACAGAACAUCAACUACAUUAGCGUUGUCAAUAAUUCACUCAAGUCGGUGAUUGUAAGUGGUUGGGCAACCACAAAGGCAACCAUUCGCGGUUUACGCAAAUACACCAGGUACGCAGUGAUGGUGCGAGCGCUCAAUAGCUUCGGUUCGGGACCAUGGAGUGCAGCUAUUUUUGGAACAACAGCUGAGGGUGUGCCUGAAGCACCACCGCAGCAUGUCAACUGUACCGCAUUGUCGUCGCAAAGUCUAAAGAUAUCCUGGCUGGAGCCGCCAUUACAAUUUCAUGGUGGCAUAAUUCAAGGCUAUAAAAUUUUAUAUCGACCAAUUGUGAAUCAAAUUGACUUCCCCGCCAAAUUGGAGGUGAAACGUACAUCAAAUCUGGAAACCUACUUGCACACUCUCCACAAGGCGACUAAUUACUCGCUACGCGUUUUGGCCUACACUGCGACUGGAGAUGGUGUGGCUAGUCAACCGUUAUAUUGUCAAACGGAGGACGAUGUGCCCGAUGCGCCCGCAUCCAUUAAGGCGGCUGCCUUAACGGCUGAUUCCAUAUUGAUUUCAUGGUUACCACCAAAGAACCGUAAUGGCAUCAUAUCGCAUUAUACGGUUUAUUCACGUGAGGCUGGACGAAAAGGACAAGCAAAAUCUCACAUGGUGCGCGUCGACGAGAAUGGCUAUCCGGUGACAUAUGAGGCACGUGGCCUAGCAGAAAACCAAAUGUACGAAUUCUGGGUAUCCGCUUCGACCUCGGUCGGCGAGGGAGAACCAACGUCUGUGGUUGCGCAGGCCACAAAUACGCGUGCUCCCGCACGCAUUGCUUCAUUUGGCCAAUUGGUACGCAAGGCAGUUGGCAACGCAUUAAUUUUAGAAUGUUUGGCUGUGGGGAAUCCGACGCCGCGCGCCCGUUGGCUAACCAGAGAUCGACCUGUAACUUUCAGCCCCUUCUACGAGGUGACCAAUGAGGGAAAUUUGAAAAUACACCGCGUAGAGGGUAGUCUGUCCGGAAAUUACACUUGCACAGCGAAUAAUCUGUUCGGAAGCGAUGAGAUUCAAUAUCAAGUGAUUGCCAUGAAGCCACCCGCCGCCCCACAAAUCAUCGUACAAUAUGCAAGCGCCGAUAGCAUACGUGUCAGCUGGGAUCCGCCAGAGGAUGGUGGUGCCCCACUGCAGGGCUAUAGCAUCUCGUAUCGCAUCACAGGCGAAACAUGGGCACAGACCGAGCUGAUGCCGGAGAAUAACGCUUAUACAAUAACUGGCUUGAAGUGUGGCAAUCAGUAUAUCAUCAAGAUGUCGGCGCAUAAUAUUGUUGGCGAUGGUGUGUCCAGUGAGGAUAUUAACGUCUGGACCAAGGGCAAAGCCUCUCAGGCGCCGAACGGCAACGAACUGAUCGCAACCAAUGCAUCCUGUGUGAAUUUGAAAUUAUCGACGUGGAACAAUGGAGGCUGCCCUAUUUAUCAUUUUUCCAUUGAGCAUCGACCGUUGGGGGACAUCCGUUGGACGGUCGUCACAUCCGACAUCUCGAAUGCCGAGGAGAAUCGUGAAAAUUUAAUAUUUUGCGAUUUCCUGCCAGCCAAGUGGUAUCAGCUACGCGUUUCGGCCACAAAUGAUGCUGGCAAAACCACUGAACACUAUCAUUUCGCCACCACUAAUCUGGAUGGAGUAACAAUACCACCACCUCAGGUUUUCCCAUCGGAAAAUGAUUUGAUGAACAAUCUGAUAAAUGCAACGAAUCCGACCAACGGUGAUUGGUUUUCAACAUUAAUCGUCAUCGUAAUCAUCACCGUUGCCAUCAUUACAAUCGCUUUAACAAUUAAGCACCGUCGCACACUGUGUGGUCCCAUAGCCGAGGGCUAUGAGUCGCGUACACUGCCUGGCGAUUACAAAGAGGACCACGAAAAUCGACGCAAUCAGCAGGUGUACAGCGCCUCGCCAGUAAAAACGGUGGACAAAGGAAACGAAUCAGAAAUGUAUGAGAUUUCACCGUAUGCCACAUUUAGUGUGAAUGGUGGACGCACUGGCGCUGGUGCCGGUUCAUCUUCGAAGACGCCUUCGCAUGGCGGUGUCUCCGCCUCACCCAUGGACUAUACAAUGCAAUUCAAGACAUUCGGACAUCCGGAGGGUGACAAUCUCAAUGCAACGGCUUAUCCUCUACUGCCGGCAAGCUCUGGAUUUGGACAUGUUAAAUCGAAAUCCAGCUGGCACAAACAGCGCUACUAUAACACGGAUGACGAAUCCACGCUCAGCAAAUCUAUGACAAUGGUCGCUGGAUCUCAAUCGGGUCAUUCCAAGAAGAGCACCCGCAACGAUGGCAGCCGCGGCAGCAAGAGUACCAGCAGCAGUAGUGGUGGUGGUGGCGGUAGCGGUAGCGGAGUUGUAGGCGGGACUGGCGGUGCUGUGGUGCCGGGGGCACAUUGUGAAUCCGAAUCGGACACGAGCAUAAGUCCCAGCACAGAAUUCUCCAACAUGCCAACUUAUAGAGUUCCUUGUAAGUCGACGCGCAGCAGCGAUGGGCGCCCAGCUGCAGAUAUGUUUCGACCUGACUCGAGCACAGAGUCCAACAAUGAGCUGGGCUCACCGGUGGAGCGACGCAUAAGCGGGCCGCGAUUACUGGCUGGUGUGCCUGGUGGCGGCGGUGGUGUCAACAUCGGCGCGGAUAAGCGAGGACAUCGUAGCCGAAAGCAGCAGCAACAAUUGCAGUUACAACAACAACAACAGCAGCAGCAGCAGCAACAACUACAAGCAAAGGAACAUCAGACGCUCGAUCGGAGAAUAUGCCCUGGAAGUAACAACAGUUUAGACAGUGAGGUUAACUCGGAUACGGGCGCCUCUUUGGCGGCGAUGGUAGCCGCUGUGGCUGCUGGCGAUCUGGGUUUUCGUCCACCGUCGGGUUUUACUGAUUUGCGCGAAUUCAGCGAAGCUGAAUGCGAUCGCGAGCAACGUGCACUGGACUUGGAAGUGCAACGUGUUAUGGAAAACACCGACGGAGAAUUGGCCAAGAUGGAUCGAGAGGAAUUGUCCUCACUGCUGGCAAGGUAUCAGGAAAAGAAGGAGCAGGAGCGCCAGGAAUAUACCAUACAUGUUUAAUGUUUAUUAGAAGUUACUUACAUACACAUAAGCAAAAUAAGCAUUUAAGCACUGCCGAGCUAGUGAAUGCCCCAACCACACAUAUAAA